CCCGACAGUUCAUUAACCUGUCAGUGUUCCAGUGAAGUAAUUGCUUUGGGUUAGACGUACUACAAAAUGUUCAUCGGAAGUCUUGUAGCAUCCAGAUUUUUAGGUCUUAUUGCACACUUUGUGGUUACUGUUGUGAUAUUUUUAUCAAAGGACGCAAAUGUCAAAGCUUGCCUGCCUCUUCAGUAUACAGAAAGCGAAUUUUCAUCGAAGGACAAAGAGUUGAUUGUGGGUUUGUCCCUUACUCUGGUGUUUCUUGGCUUAGAGUUUGGUGGAUUUAUUGGGGGUUGCUCCAUGUUCAAUGGUACUGCUGGCAUGCUCUCCAUUGCAGCUCAUUCAAGUGCAGCAAUUUCUCUUUCCAUGUUUGUUCUUGAGGAGUGGGAUUGUGAUAAGUUUUGGUACAUUUUUGGAUUCUGUAGUGCUUUCCCAGCUGUUAUGGAAAUAGGUGUUUUGAUAAGUGUCUUGGUGUUUCGAGCUGACAGAUAACUAGCAGUUUAUAAAUAUCUAGUCAUUAUUAUAAGCUGAGGUAGCUGGUCAUUUCAUUCUUCAUUCUCUCUUUACUUGUGAUGAAAGACAUCAAAGGUUGUAACUAAUAUGCAAAGAGAUGCACGUCUGGUAUGGUAGACAUCAUUUUAUACUUAGUUCUUAUUA